AUGUAUUCUCCCUAUACAACAUAUGGAGGCGGGGGACCAGGACAGUUUUGUGGAGGUGGAUCAUCAGAUAUCCGCUUAAAACCAGGCGAUUUUGAAGAAUUUGACGGUUUGAAAAGUCGCAUUAUCGUUGCUGGCGGAUCUGGUUCUGGUGAUGGAAUUGAAGGAGUUACAGAACUUGAUCAAGGCGGAAGUGCAGGAGGAUUGGCUGGAUUCAGCAGUCAAUUAAAUUACAGUAACGGUGGUUCCCAUAUAUCCGGCGGUUUUGGAGAAGGAGUUUAUAAAGGCAGAUUUGGAUUCGGAGGAGGAAAUAAAGAUCGUACACUUGAAAAUGGUAUUGAUGGAAAUGGUUCUGGUGGUGGUGGAUAUUUUGGUGGCAGUGCAUCGAGAAAUGAUAGCUAUGCUGGCGGUGCAGGAGGUAGCUCAUUCAUCAGUGGACAUAAAGGAUGCAUUGCAAUCGCAGAAGAUUUCACAGAAGAAAACAUGAAGUUUAGUGAAUCUUAUGAUCCAUCUAUUCACUUCAGUGGACUCUCGUUUUUCAACACAGAAAUGAUUGAUGGAAAUCACUACAUGCCACUCCCAAACGGUUCAUAUGGAUAUGGAAAUACAGGCAAUGGUGUCAUCAGAAUCACCUGA